UGAGCACAAAAUGGCUCCCCCCUAGUUAUACCCAGGUAGCCCACGCAAUUCACCGAGUUACUCCGUCCAUGCAGCUCGCAGGGCGUCCCAUCUUAUCAGAUCCGAGGCCGAGGCCGUGAGGCUAUGAAAAUCCCGGACACCCGGACGGCCGACGCUCCACCCUCGAAGACCGAGCAAUUCAGCGCGGCCCCAAGGAUAAAGAGGCAUUUAUUUUUUCGGGGCCCCAGUUCUCUUUACGCAAUGCUUUUUUUCUUCUUUGGUUUCCCCCCAUGCCAAGUUUCGUUCUUUGAUUAUCUCUGGGCCGAUCCUCGGACGCUUAGUGGAGACGUUUGCGCGGAGAGAAAUUAUCUGAUCCGAACAAGGUCCCGCUUUGGGCCACACAAUGUACCGGUACAAGGUGCGAGACAAGGAUUCGCUCGAGGAGGGGCGUGUAUCUCUGCGGAUGGAGGAACAUGUGAGUUACGAAACGGUACUUUGUGUCCUUUUCACGAGCCCAAGCGGUGGAUAUUGUCGGUCUUGUCGUGGAGCAUCUCGUCACGUAGCAGCAAUAACUGGUGGCUCAGAGAGAAGAAAAAAUGAUACCCUGCUGGCUCAUCAAGGGUCCCUCCAGAGCUGCUGUGAGUUCAGUGUGGACUAGCUCCAGGGAGUAGAGAAGGCAUCAUGGCAGUGUCCCUUCAGUAUUACCCGGAUCCAUUUCGCGUCUGCUGUCGAUCAUGCAGACAGAGCUAGAAGAUUUGCGGACCUCGCGUGACGGCAACUAGACGCUCAACUGCCGGCAGCUGUGCAGCUACAUGUAGUUUUGACGGCGAUUCCAUCUUGAACAUCAGACCAUUCCAUCUCUUCAUGUGCUGAGAUAGGCCAUGAGAGUGUAGCGG